AUAUACAGUGGCGAGAAAUUGUUGAACAAGCUGCUAAAGGUAUAAUUUCUUUCUUUCUUUAUAUACGUUCUUUAUCACAGAGAUUCACUUCUUGUGUUAUAAAACUAUAGGUAUUUUGAAUGAAGGAAAAUUAUUAAAUAGAGAACCUGAAGGACAAUUGAUUGCCAAUGAAUUACGAAAUGUGAAAGAUAAAACAACGGAUGAAAUUUUAAAAUUAGCCAUUCAUCUUUAUUCAGUUGAAUCAUUUCUCUACAAAUUGGUUAAUUCGACUUUAAGAGCAGAUGAUAGAAGUCAAAUUGAUACGUUGGGCGCUUAUUGUUAUUUAUUAGAUAGAUAUUUCUCAGAAUAUCACACAAUACCACUAAACAAUGUACCACAAAAUAAUAAACGCCUAACUGUUUAUCGUGGUGCUACUUUGACAGACGAAAUGAUUGAUGCUUACGAAAAGGUCGUUGGUACAUGCAUCAAAUGGUCAGCAUUUACUUCAACAUCGAAAGAUCCUAAAGUAGCUGAACAGUUUGAUGGUAAUACAUUAUUUAUUAUUCAACUUGGUGCUGGAUACAUUAGAAGGAGUGACAUUUCAUCACUUUCGUAUUAUCCUGAGGAACAAGAAGUACUUUUAGAUGCUGCAAGUCAUUUUCAAGUUGACAAACUUGAAUAUAAUUCAAAAAGUGGAAAAUAUUUAAUUUAUCUUACAGACGGGAGUACAAGUUACAGAAUUGACACUCGUUAUUGA